UUCUUUCUUUCAUAUAAGUCAAUAAAUACACCAACACUACGCUAGUACACUUCACUUCAUUCACACAAAGAAUAAUAGCAGCAGAGAUCGAUGGCGAAAUCACCCGAAACCGAACUCCCACUCAAAGCUUUUGGUUGGGCUGCUAGAGACACUUCUGGCACCCUCUCUCCCUUUCAUUUCUCCAGAAGGGAAAAUGGCGAUGAUGAUGUAAGUGUCAAAAUUCUAUAUUGUGGAGUUUGUCAUUCUGAUCUACACACUCUCAAGAACGAUUGGGGUUUCACUACUUACCCUGUUGUUCCUGGGCAUGAAAUUGUUGGCGUUGUGACAAAAGUUGGAAUCAAUGUGAAAAAAUUCAGAGUGGGUGAUAACGUUGGUGUUGGUGUAAUUGUCGAGUCUUGUCAGACUUGUGAGAAUUGCAAUCAAGAUUUGGAGCAGUACUGUCCUAAACUUGUAUUUACCUAUAACUCUCCUUAUAAAGGGACACGAACCCAUGGUGGCUAUUCUGAUUUUGUGGUUGUUCACCAGCGGUAUGUAGUUCAGUUUCCUGACAACUUACCUCUUGACGCUGGUGCUCCACUUCUGUGUGCCGGGAUCACCGUGUAUAGCCCGAUGAAAUAUUAUGGUAUGACUGAGCCAGGCAAACAUUUGGGAGUGGCAGGGCUUGGUGGGUUAGGCCAUGUUGCAAUCAAAUUCGGUAAAGCAUUCGGGCUGAAGGUUACUGUUAUUAGUACCUCUCCAAACAAGGAAACCGAGGCCAUUGACAAACUUGGUGCUGAUUCUUUCCUUGUUUCCAAAGACCCUGAAAAAAUGAAGGCUGCUAUGGGAACCAUGGACUACAUCAUAGACACAAUAUCUGCUGCUCAUUCCCUGAUGCCACUGCUUGGUCUACUGAAGUUGAAUGGGAAACUGGUCACUGUAGGGUUGCCUAGCAAGCCCCUUGAGCUCUCUGUCUUUCCAUUAGUUGCAGGACGGAAGCUUAUAGGAGGGAGUAACUUUGGAGGGCUGAAGGAGACUCAGGAGAUGCUCGAUUUCUGCGGCAAGCACAACAUAACUGCAGAUAUUGAGUUGAUUAGGAUGGACGAAAUCAACACGGCCAUGGAAAGGCUUCACAAAGCUGAUGUGAAAUAUCGGUUUGUGAUUGAUGUGGCCAACUCCUUGUCAAGUUUGUAGAGGCCAAUUUGAUUCUUCAACAUGUGUGUGGAGCCUCAACUUUGGAUUUCUCAUUUUCCUGAGAAAAGCUAAGAUCUGUAUAAGAUAUAAGAUUGGCAAAAAUAGAAGAUGAGAUUGUCGUCUAUUUUAUUGUCCCCCCCCCCGUAAGUUAUAGAUGUUUUGAUUUUGGACGUGGCAAAUAAUGUUUAUCUGUCGUUCUUC